GCACCACCUCCCACUUCCACCUCACCCUACCCUUCCCAUCUCCCCUCCCUUCGCUCUCUAAGAUGGCGAACACAAUCGCAGAGCAGCCCAAUCUCAAGGCGCAUGACCACAUGGAGGGCUUGUCGCACAGCGAGGUGCAUUACUUCAACAGUUACAAUCACCAUGGCAUCCACGAGGAAAUGUUGAAAGAUGAAGUGCGCACCAAGUCCUACCGCGACGCCAUCUACAACAACAAGCACCUGUUCAAGGACAAGGUGGUGCUGGACGUCGGAUGCGGCACAUCCAUCCUCAGCAUGUUCGCCGUCAAAGCCGGAGCGAAGCACGUUAUCGGCGUGGACAUGAGCACCAUCAUCACCAAGGCGAAAGAGAUUGUGGCGGCCAAUGGCAUGUCGGAUAAGAUUACACUGCUGCAAGGCAAGAUGGAAGACGUGGUACUGCCGUUCCCGGAGGUUGAUAUCAUCAUCUCCGAGUGGAUGGGAUACUUUUUGCUGUACGAGAGCAUGUUGGACACCGUUCUGUGGGCUCGGGACAGAUACCUUCGCAAAGACGGAAAGGGCCUUAUCUUCCCCGACAAGGCCACCAUUUUCAUGGCCGGCAUUGAAGACGGAGAUUACAAGGAUGAGAAGAUUGGCUUCUGGGACAACGUCUACGGCUUCGACUACACUCCCCUCAAAGUGACCGCCCUCACCGAACCCCUCGUCGAUACCGUCGAGCUCAAAGCCGUGGUGACCGACCCCUCCGCUGUCCUCACCCUCGACCUCUACACCUGCACCACCGACGACCUCAACUUCCGCCUGCCCUUCUCCCUCUCCAUCCGCCGCACAGACUACAUCCACGCCCUCAUCUCGUGGUUCGACAUCGAGUUCUCCGCCUGCCACAAGCCCGUCCGCUUCUCCACCGGCCCGCACACAAAGUACACCCACUGGAAGCAGACCGUCUUCUACCUCGCCGACGUGCUGACCGUCGAGGAGGGCGAGACGGUGGAGGGUGCGCUGGCGUGCAGACCGAACGACAACAAUCGCCGGGAUUUGGAUAUUGUGAUUGACUACACCACUUCGCCGAGUGAUCAGAGCAGAACGGCGACUGGACAUUGCGAGUACAAGAUGUGCUAGUAGGGAGGGACAGCGUGACGACGUUAUGACCCCGGCGUUUGUUAGUGUAGACCAUCCACCUGGCUCGCAGCUUUGGCUUCGCAGAGCAUGUAGAAAUAAUUCAAAAGGGAUUU